AGUUUUUUCUUCAGUCAAGAUUUUCAGUGCCGUUGUAAACACGCGACUUUUUUUUAUCGGGUUCGGCUAAUGUUAAAUUUUAUCUUUUAAAUUUAUAAAAAUAAAAAGAAAUUUCGGAAAAAUUUAAAAGUACCUGCAAAAUUUUAAGGAGAUUAUGCCGUGGGUAAAAACUUCAAUUAGUCGCCCUCUUCCAAAGAAAACAGCAUCCUGUGGUCGCGAUCAUGAAGGCAACGUACUGAAUGUUGGACGAACCCAGCAGGGAGACAACUUAUUACCAUGUGUCAUAAACAUGGCCAAAAAAGAAGCAUUUACUACACUGAAUGGAACGGUGAUACCAGUAACCGAAUUUGAAAUUUUGGCAGCGGAAAAUGUCAUCUGGGUAGCAGAGCAGAAUGGCGAAACACCAGGUGGUUCAUUGAUAUCAGGUAAAACGGCAGAGGGCGAAGAACUGUAUAUUGGGCGUACGAAAGCGGGCGAACUUGAAGGUGCCAUUAUUCCUGGAGCAAUAUGGCCGUCAAAGAAAGCCCUUCUAGUGGUGCAUGAAGGUGCCGAAAAAGCAUUUCCGCAUUACGAAACGUUGGUUAUAAAGAAGCCCAAGUGCUGUGGAAGUUGUACUAUAAGCUAGGAUGGGAGCUGGGGAGGAACAUAACUGCGCAACUCCAUGGUAUUUUCACAUUAAAAAUAGUUUGAAGAAACGAAUGACUUGCAUUUUGAAAACAUCCGCUGUUCGGGGCCAUUGGAAUACGGAUGUGCGAAGUUCAGAAUAUCGUGUGUUCAAGCCGUGAUGAUAAAAAAAAAUUCAAAAAUUAGAAAAGCAAGGAGAGACUACGUAUGAUAUCUUAUAACGCUUUGAAAUUUUGAAUUUACCACCUUCACGUAUGGCUUCGACGGGAAUGUUUCUGAAUGCAAUACUAUUCCGUUAAGGAAUCAGAUUUAUUGCAUUCAAAAUAGGCGGGCAUAAAAUGCAGAAUUUUUUAGGCUUCUUUAUAUAUUUUUAUAUACAUAUUUGAA